AUGUCGCAGCCACCACCGAUCGACCCGCGGUGGGUCGCCAUGCGAGAAAAGCAUCAGGAAGAGGUUGGCGCCUUCGCACGCAGCGUUGCAACCGCCCACAAAGACCUCAACGACUACGUCGAAGCCGCGCAUAAAAGCUUACUCAAAAGACACUCGCAGCAAGAGAGAGAGCUUUAUGGACUUGCGUCGAGUAUUUCCAGUCGCGACAUAUCUGUAACUCACUCGGUGGCAUAUAAAACGCAACCGACUGCCUCCAAGAUGAGUCUUGCCCCAGCCUAUACAAGCCAGAAGCCGUUACCGAUGCCAGGCCCUGAGAGGAAGCAACAUUCAAGUGGUCAGUCAACGGCGUUGUCCACGGCCCAGGGUAGUCAGCGUCAAAAGGACCAAGCAACGCCGUCUGCCGCAGCGCCUCAACAACUAGUGAAACAACAGAUGAAGUUGUUGCCCCAAUCGCUUCAAGCCCAGCCACAGAAAAACGAGCAAGCUCCGUCCGUCUCGCCCAAAGGACAGCUAUUCAAGCCAGGACAAUACAAGCCCAGCGUUACCAGCCUACGGCGCCAGCCAGGUCGAACAAACAAGUACGAGAUAAUCGACUUAUGUUCUGAUAACGAAAACGACGACGACGAUAUGAUCGUUGAGGUGAGGAGAGACGCAGUCCAGAAGAGCACUGCAGUGUCUACUCCCGUUCUACCCAGCAUCCCGACAGCCACAGUACAGCUCUUUGGUGAGAGUUCAAAGAAGAAACAUCCAAUGUCAAAGCCACCGCACAUCAAGCGUGAGAAUGGCGAGGCUGGGCGAUCAACACAGGGUCAGCCACGCCUUCCUCACCAUGCUCGAGUUAGCAACCAUAGGCCGGUCACCAAUCUCGCCCCCGUGCGACUUCCUCACAGCGAUCAGAGCCGCGAUUCUACCGCCCUCAAUUCAUUGUCAUCGCCCAUUUCUCGGUGCACUGUUUCGUCGCAACACCAAGCACAAGCACCCCCACAGCCAGCUCAUGAGAAUGCACUCAGCUCUUUCGACAGGAAGAAUAAAACCACCCCUACGAAUGUUGUAGUGCAAGACAUGAACAAUCUCACAGUCCACCAGGUCGUAGUUCCGGGCAACAAGGAUCUUCUGGCUCUGCAUCAUCACAAGCAGGAUGAGCGAACGAAAAGUAUAGCACCAAGCUCAAGCGAUAUGUUCGCCAGAAAGGACAGUGAUGACGGCGUGGACAUAGAAGAUGUCCCUAUGGCUUAUUUAAACAUCAAAGCAAUCCUGAACCAGCGGAGUAUGACUGUCUCAAGUAAUGACAGUAUAGGCGUGGCUUCGUCGGCGUCUACCGUUGCGAACCCUUCAAUAUUCACGAACGAUAUGCAAAAGAUGCAUCCACCAACGCCACCUCCAUCAGUCGCGUCGGCACCAACUACGUGUCAGGCCGCUGAAGCUGGGACUCUCUUAAGAGCAUUCAAAAAGCCAUUACCGGCGGCUGCUACUCCUAGAACUCUCGACAGUGCGCAGAUCUACACUUCGACGUCGCGAUCCCCCGGCUCCACAUUGUCAGCAAAUAGAUUGCCGGACAAACUCCUGAUACAUCAGCGCGGGACUUCUGUGGCGUCUCGUACAUCCGAAACAUUGGGUCCGAGCAGGAAGAGGAAGGAGGUCGACCUGGAUGACUAUGAGCAAUUCACGUACAGUCGCUCAGGGUCUCCUUUCACGGAUCGCAACAAGCCAUCCAUUCUUCCUGACUCCCAUUCAAAGAGGUCUAAGAUCACUGCUUCAGCAACUUCAAAACCUAAUGGUCCCCCGCCACCGUCUGCGUCAUCCGUCACGCCUAUGAGCAGGGGAAAAAAUGGUUUUGGCUUCAGGACAGUGGCGUCAAGCAUGCCUAUGACGCUGUCUCAAAUGCCUUCGGCUAAGUCAAAGCUAUCGGAACCUCAGACGCCUAUUCAGGAGUAUCACUGCAGGAAAUCUCAGAUUGCUACGAUCUCUCUGGGAAAACGUAGUGCUGCGGUCAGAGCACAAGAGAAGAUACGGAAAAUUAGCGAUGCAGACGAAGAGUUUCACACCAACGACCAAAUUUUCCAAGCGACGGCUAAGGAAGUGCGUAUGGGUGCUACCGUUACCACAGAUCUUGGAAGACGCCUGAGAAGCAUGAGUUCCACUCCUGUGCCGGCGGGCACUCACUCCAACAUCCCGAAGAACUCCACACUGUCUGAUGUACGUACGGCAUCUGCCAAACCAGCUGCCAGAACCAAGACAAAUCGCAGUGUCUACGCUAAGGAAGGGUCCCUGAGCAACCGAGCCACCGAAGCCCGCCCUGCGGCGCGUAGUCGUAACAUCAGCCAGCUCAUUGGAGACGACUUCGACAAAGACUUCGAAGGGGACUUGGAUAUCAGUGAAUUUACCUAUGUUAACGGCAUCAUCAUACAAACUGGCUAG